AUGCAAAAUAUUGGCCAACACAAAUAUCAUUAUUAUUUUGAUUGUCUUCCAGAAGGGGAGGAGGAACAAUUACAGCAACAGACAUCAAAUUAUAUGGGAGAAAAGGAAAGGAUGCAAAAUAUUGGCCAACACAAAUAUCAUUAUUAUUUUGAUUGUCUUCCAGAAGGAGAGGAGGAACAAUUGCAGCAACAACAGACGUCAAAUUAUAUGGGAGAAAACGGAAUUAAUUAUGGAUAUGAAUGGAACGAAACAAAUAUUAAUUCAACUCCUCCAAUAUUUACUUUAAAAUUUUUGCCCUCCUCAUCGUUUAAUAUUUUUGGAGAAGGAGGAGAAGGAAAUUUUAAAACAUGGAGUGGUGGUGCGGGCGUUUCUGCAAUUACUGUAAAUAAUAAUGAAUUGGCAACAAUUCAAAAUUCAAAUGAAAAUUCUGAUUUACGUAAAAUUGGCAGAUUUGUAUUGCAAAAAUCAGAAGAUGAACAACCCCAAACAAUAAUUAAUGAAAAUAAAAUUAACAGUGGAAGGGAAAUAAUUAAUAAUUUAAUUAAUAACAACAUAAAAGAGCGGUCAAAAUAUUUUGAUGACAUUUUGUCCCAACAAAAAAGCCUUACAAUUUUUCAGCAAUAUGCUAGGUUCCACAAUCAAUUUGGAAUAAGACAUGUUUUGUUAAUUUUAUUAUUGGUGCUGUAUGCAAUUUUUGGUGGUAUAAUGUUUCAGGCAAUAGAGCGUGAUAAUGAAAUUGAAAAUGUCCAUACAACAACAAAAAUAUUAGAUAAAUUAAUUAUUAAAAUUAAAAAUAAUAUUUCGAUGAUUUUCUUUAUACAACCAACUUCAAGACAAUCAGAAAAAAUUAAUGAAAUUAUUGUUGAUGGAUAUACUGAAAUGUUGAAGAUUGAAGGAAGAUAUAUUGGUUCAGUAUUUCACAAAUACGAGACCUUGGCGCUUAAUAAUGUUCUAAAUUGGUAUUUUGGGUCUUCUGUAUUUUACGCAAUGACACUUUUUACAACAAUAGGUUAUGGAACAAUUGCCUGUCAAACAGCUCUCGGAAAAUUUGCUUCUAUCAUAUAUGCUCUGUUUGGCAUUCCCAUGAUGUUAAUGGUACUUGGGGAUGUUGGGCAGUUAAUACUUGGUUUUCUUUUGUAUUGCCGUAAAAGUGUUAGAGAAUAUUAUCGUCGUUGGUUACUGCGCGCCUAUGUUUCUGAUAUUAUUAAUGAAGAAGAUAUAGAAUCAAAAAUAGUCGAAAAAAAUAAAUUAGAAGAAGGGGAAGGGGAGGAGGAAGAAGAAGAAUUGUCUCUUUCAUUAUUAUUACCCAUUGUUGCAAUUUAUAUUUUAUUUGUUUCAACUAUAGUUUCUCUUCUAGAUUGGAGUAAAGACGGAAAAUUGUUGAUUGGAGGUUUAGGUUUUGGAGAUGCUUUUUAUUUUUCGUUUGUUUUAUAA